AUUUCGCCAAAGGACUUUUCUUCAUCUUCCUCAGCUCAUUUCCAGUUUCUCUUGGAUCCAAUCAAGGAAAACAAUCCUAACCCUCUUUCAUUUUCCUUACCAAAGAUCUAAAUCCAAAUUCAAUCUUCAAUCUUUCUCCUUAUCUUUCUUUUUCUUUUUUCAUGAUUUUAUUGAAACUCUAAGUCACUGUUCUUGAUUGAUUUUACCUUCAUCAUUAAGUCUUUGAGUUUUAUACCAAAUCGAAGCUCCUUUCAAUCUCUUUCAACAUGUGUGCAAGAAGUUCUUUGUAUUCAAACCCAAAACCCUGCAAGCACUUGUCAGAUUACAAGCUUAGAUGUGUUUCCAAUGGCUUCAAAGACCUGCAAAAGUUCAUCAAAGCUGGUUCAAAUGGCAGAGCGAGAGUUGAUAAGGACAACACAGAGGUACCCAGAUGCAGUUUUUGUAAUGGGUAUCGAGGUAGACUUUUUAUGUGCUUGAUUUGUUCUUCAGUAUCUUGUUCAAGCCAUGUGGGUUUGCAUACCCAGUCUGAGAAUGGCCAUGAUAUAGCUGUAGACAUUGAAAGGGCAGAGCUUUAUUGUUGUUUGUGUGGCGAUCAGGUUUAUGAUUCUGAAUUUGAUGGGAUUGUUGUUUCUGGGCGAGUUAAGGACUUGCCUAUGGAUAAAAAUGGUGGAUUUGAAGGUGUUGAGGGGAGAUCAAUUAAGAGGAGAAAGCUGGAUUCAAAGUUGGAUCCGGGGAUUAAUGAUGACUUGAAAAAGGCAAGACUGUUGAUGUCCUCGAGAGAUCAGAGGCAAAAAUCGUGUUAUCCAUUGGGAUUGAGGGGAUUGAACAAUCUUGGCAGCACCUGUUUCAUGAAUUCUGUGUUGCAAGCUUUGCUUCAUGCACCCCCUUUUAGUAAUUACUUCUUGAAUGAUCGGCAUAAUCAUGAUCAAUGCCCAAUUAAAUCUGGGGGAAAGCCAUGUUUGCUUUGUGAAAUUGAUACCAUUUCUUCAGCUAUGCUUUCCGGCGAUCAUACCCCUUAUAGCCCAGCUCGGUUGCUUUACAGCUGGUGGCAGCAUUCAACAAGUCUAGCUAGUUACGAAGAGAAGGAUGCUCAUGAGUUCUUCAUUUCAUUGUUAAAUGGGAUUCAUGAGAAUAGUGAGGAGGGCAGAGCCAGGGAUGACAGUAAAGAUAAGGGAGAUUGCCAAUGCAUCGCUCAUAGGGCAUUCUCUGGGUUACUGAGAUCAGAUGUCAUGUGUAUCACCUGUGGCUUUACUUCAACAACUGAUGAACCUUGUUUUGAUAUUUCUCUCAACAUGCCAACAAGCAGCUUCUCGUUUAAAGGCAUAGCAAACAAGGCUGUCAAACCAAAUGAGCAGAUUGGCUUAUCUACUCUUUCAGGUUGCUUGGAGUUGUAUACAAGGCCAGAGAGGUUAGGUUCUGACCAGAAAUUUUGUUGCCAAAAUUGCCAAGGGACGGGAAGCUCUUUGAAGCAAAUGUCUAUUAAAAGACUCCCCUUGGUGUUGUGUUUACAUAUCAAGAGAGUUGAACACUCUCCCUCCAGCAAAAGGUUUUUGAAAAAUGAUCAGUAUUUGCAGUUCCCUUUCUCAUUAGACAUGACUGCAUACCUUUCAUCCUCAAUUGUCAGAAAGAGGUUUGAAAAUAGAAUUUUUGCUUUUGAGUGUCACAACUCUGAUAGUUCUGCAGCCUAUGAGAUUUUUGCUGUGGUUUCUCAUUUUGGAAAGUUCGAUAGUGGCCAUUAUGUGACCUAUCUGCGCAUAAAGAACCAGUGGUACAAAUGUGAUGAUCCUUGGAUCAGUGAAGUUGAUGAGGAAACAGUAAGAGCUUCAAAGAGUUAUAUGCUGUUUUAUGUGCAAAAAAGGCUGUUCAAUAUCCCGCGUGUUUCCCCGCGUAGAGACCCAUUAGCAUCUGGAUCUAAGUAGUCUUUUCUCAGAUGUACUCCAGGAAGGGUUGCCACAGUUCUUUCAGGUUUCAUAUUGAGAUGCGGUGAGUGUCAAGCUGUUUCAGACUGACUGAAUUCUGAGAUGCAGCCAAUACCAGAUUCCUACUUCUUUGGAUCCCAAUCUAUUUUUUAUGGGGUUUUAACAAUCAUGCUUCUGAAUCUUGAAUAUUUGUUGGCCAAAAAGAAGCAACUCAGUUUUUUCAUCUUGGAAAUUUGAAAUGCUCAAGCUUCUUUGUAUGACAUUCUUUUGGCUGCAGCUCAGUCAUGUACAUACAUAAUACAAUUUUUAACAAGCAAUAGAUGAGAUGAGAACCCUAUUGCAGUUAUGAUUUUCUGAAGAUAUGAUGCCCCUUUUCUACCUUUCUACUCUUCCUUCAUGCAUCAUUGAAUUCUUAUUUCUUAAUCAAAAUGAAUAUCCCAU